AUGGUUAAAGAAAUGAUACUUUCCCAAUGUAAACGUAUAUUUGCAUGUUCGUCGUCGUAUCCAAUACAAUUGCAAUCUUUGUUUUUGGCGCGUGAAUGCAUCAAAUUUGCAUCUUUUUAUCAAACUAAGCAUCAGCUACUAGAUCAAAAUAAAAAGCAACAAUUCCACUCAACACCCAUACUCCAAAAAAGAAAAUCACGUCAAAUAAAACGGGCACACAUAAAAUUCAAAGCCGACCGUCAAAAGCAAGAAGAAGAUUCAAGACCCGAUCCGAUAUCCGGAAUCGAGACACCAUUUACCAAGUCGCUGCUACGUCCCGAACAAGUGUAUCAAGCGGCCACUGAUCCAUCAUUACCACGACCUAAACAUUAUUUCCUCGAUCAGAGUGAUGAAAAUUUAUUGUUUCAUACAAUGCCGAAAGCGGCAAAAGAGUUGAAUAGUCAACAGCAGCAAGCGAAUCGUGGUGAUGAUGUUGCUGAAGUUAAAGAUGAAGAAGAGAAAGCUGCGACUUUGGAAAAAAUUGUUUCGUUACAUAAUACGAACGCUAAAGCUAUUUCGUUGUAUAAUGUUCGUCAGGCGCUUAAAGAAUUUGGUAGAUUUGAAGGGGAUACAGGAAGUCCCGAAGUCCAAGCUGCUGUCUGGACGGUUCGUAUUCUCAAUCUUCACGAACACAUUAAAAAAAACCGAAAAGACAAACACAACUAUAGACAACUACGAAUGAUGGUGCACAAACGACAAGGCAUGCUCAAAUAUUUGAAGCGGCAAGAUCUGGGACGAUAUUUUGAUUGUUUGAAACGGUUGGGAUUGGAUCAAAAAACUAUCGAAGGGCAAAUUGUUAUUUAA